GAGGAGAGAUUGUCUUCCAAGGAAGUCACCAAAUACCAGAUAGUGAUGAAGUCCAACAGGGUUCGUUUUACUUCCCCUUGAAAGUGACUCCAGACAUGGCGCCGUAUAUCCAGGUGGUGGCAUACGUUGUUCUCUCCUGUGAGAAGAUCUUGGCUCACAGCGCCGAGUUCCCUACAGAGGAAUGCUUCAGCAAUGAGGUGGUAAUCACGUACGAUCCGAGUUUUGCCGUUCCAGGAGAAAGCAUCAAAUUGAAUCUGAAAGCGGACCCAAACUCCCUGUGUGGCGUGCGCGCCAUCGAUUUCAGAACCAUCAUUAAGGAGCCGGGAACGCUCCUGGAUGCACAUCAGAUCUUUGACCUUCUGCCCAUCAAAAAAACAGACUCCAUCCCUUAUGAGCUUCUCGAUGCUUCCAACUGUCUGCAUGUGAGGCCCAAAAGAAGCCUUUCAGGAUUUACCAAUCAAGAUGGAGAAUACGCCUUCACCAUUUUUGAACAACGAGGGAUGCUAAUUUUAUCAAACCUGGCAGCUCAGAAUCCCAAAUGCCUCAGACUGAAAGGAAAAAAAUACUUCAGAGAUCUUGAUAUUUUCAUGAAGCUUGACAAAAAAUCAGCCGAGGUUCCAGCCAUUCCCGAGCCCGGAACAAUCCCGUACUCCUGUCCAUAUGUUGAACCCUUGGAGCCGGUCCACACUCUUGAGUCCGAGCCGUGGAUCUUUGAACUGUACAAUGUGGGGAGUCAUGGGAAACGGUGUGUGCAUCUAACGGUGCCAGACGUCGUGACGAGCUGGGACACGGACGCAUUCUGCCUCAACAGUCACAGCUUUGGCGUAGCUCAACGGAAAACUCUCUUCGUCGCCCCACCCUUCGUCCUCCACCUCGCCAUGCCUGACUCCAUCUUCCUCGGAGAGAGCUUCGUUCUAAAGGCCACUAUCACCAAUAACGUUCAGAGCUGCAUUAAGGUCAAACUGACUUCCACUCACUCCCCGGAUUUGUCCAUGACACAAUUUUCCAGUGACCUGUGCACCUACUGCCUGUGUGGCGGCGAGAGCAAGGCUGUCAGAUGGACCGUAGCGCCAACAGUCUUGGGAACUGCCUCUGUGACGAUAACUGCCUCAGCUGUGGACGAUGGCACACUUUGUGAGGAUCACCCCGUGGUUGUUCCAGAAAACGGUCACACCAUCGUGAAGAAGAGAUCUAUCGAUGUUAAGACCGGAGGCAUUGAAAUAAGACAAGUUGAAAGCUGGCUGCUCUGUUCUAAAGGUCAAGUUGUGAGUGAAGUCAUGGGCGUGGAGAUGCCUGAAAACGUGGUUCCUGGAUCUCUUUGUGUCAAAGUGGCAGCGAUGGGCGACGUCCUCAGCCGAUUGGUCCAGAACCUGGGACAGCCUCUGGACUUUCCUUAUGAAAAUGGGGACUGGAACAUAGCAUCCAUGGCGAUCAACAUUUAUGUCCUCAACUAUCUGAAGGAGACUCAUCAGCUGGAGCAAUCCAUGAAGGAGGAAGAGGCUGUCAGCUUCCUGAAAAAAGCUUACCAGACCCAACUGUCCUUCAAGGACAAAAGCGGAGCCUUCAGCGUCUUCAGAUCAGGACAGAGGAGUUCUUGGCUCACGGCUCUGGUCAUGGUGACUUUGUACCAAGCUCAGCCUUUUAUCUUCAUCGAUGAAAACGUCAUGAAUGAGGCCAGGAAGUGGCUGGAAUGCCAACAGCGAGAAAACGGUUGCUUCAGAGUGUUGGGCAAACAUUCCACCAAAAGGAAGGGGGGCUGUUUGGUUGAUGAAGUGGCUUACAAUGCUUUCAUCCUCGCUGCAUUUCUGGAGAUGGGAGUCUCUCCAGAUGACCCUGUGGUGAAGAAAGGCUUGUGCUGCCUUAAAGAAUCCAUCAAGGAUCUUCAGAACCCCUUUGCUGCAGCUAUAUCUGCAUGGGUCUUCACGCUGGCAGGAGACCUGGAUCACCGCGCCGAACUGCUGCACUACCUCGACAAGAUCGCAAUCAAAGACAGAGACUUCAUCUACUGGACUCACGAGGAAACAGAAACUUCUGUGUAUUCGUCUUUGCUCAUCAGCUCCUACGUGAUCCUGGCCAAGCUGACAGUCACGGGUUCUCCAGGAGAUCUCAAAUCUGCAUCUUAUACCUUUAAGUGGCUGGUGGAGCAGCUGAACUACUUCAGUACCUUUUCUUCCACUCAGGACACAAUGAUGGCUGUUAAGGCCAUAGCCCUUUACUCCAAGUGCAUGUUCACUCCUGUGUGGUCGAGCACAGUCAGCAUUUGGUCUCCCAACGACCAGAUUGUGUUUCAUCUGACGCCCCACAACAAGCUGCUCUACCAGGAGAUGGUGCUGCAGGACACAAAAGGAAAAUACAAUGUGAAGAUGGAGGGCACGGCCUGUGCUUUGGUGCAGCUUUCUCUUCGAUACAAAACAGUGAAGGCUGACCCCAACACCCCUCUGAGUGUGGAGGUGAAGCUGCAGCUCCACCCCAGUCGCUCCAAGAGGCUCAAAUUCACCAUGAAGAUAGUUUCCCUGUACAGCGGGCAUCAGUCAUGCACAAACAUGGUGGUCCUAGAGAUCCAGCUCCCCAGUGGAUUCUGCCCUCUCCCACAGUCUUUGCGCAGUCUCAGGAGCGGUGUGGAUGUGGAGCACGUGGACUACAAGGACAAACGUGUUUUUGUGUAUGUGCGCAAGCUACAUAAGGAUAUACCAGUCAUCCACAAGCUACACCUGGUGCAGGAGUACUUUGUCUUCAACAACAAGGCAGUAACUGUCCUGAUCUACGACUACAACAAUCCUGCCGUCUCCAGUGUGACACAGUACUGUAUAGCUUCCUUAGCGAAAGACGAGUACGAGCCGUAUCACCACCACCAUCACAAGGACAGGCAUUGACUUUGAUCGGCCUGACGAGCACGAAAAACACGGAUCGAGAGGAAAUUUCACUCAAAGGAAACGUCGUGGUCCAAGGAGCUUUGGCUAGUUUUUCACUGGAUGCCGCAAUCUAAACAAACUUAUUUGUAAUAAAAUCUAAUAAAAUCUUCUGAAUAAAA